CACUCAAGCUCGAUGGCCAGUCUAAGCCCCGCUUUCGCACGCGACUUUGCGCGAGAGACGUGGACGCUCUAUGGUGUAGGGGUGCUGGGUGCCGUCCUGAGAUUCGUUGCACGAAUCCGUCGGUUAGGGGUCAGAAAUCUCCAGUCGGAUGAUUACCUGAUGAUGUUCGCUGUUGUCUGGUACACUCUCCUGUGUGUUGCUCUCAAUCAGGUCGCUUCAGGCGGGGGUUCGAACUUGAUGAGCGAGGAUGAUAUCAAGGCAUUAACCCCUAGCAUCAAAGCCGAUCGCAUUCGAGGGAGUAAAUGGGUCUUUGUGUCCGAGCACUGCUUCCUUCUCGCUAUCUGGGCAAUGAAGGCCUGCAUGCUGGUAAUAUAUGCUCGCAUCACCGAGGGACUUCGUCAGAGGAAAUGGGUUAACUACCUCGCCAUCUACGUGGCUCUUGGAUUCGUGGCCACCGAGCUGUCCUUGUUCCUGAUCUGUCGGCCAAUCCAGAAUUACUGGGCUGUGCCUACGCCGUAUGAGCAAUGCUCGACCUAUCAGUAUUACGAGAUUGUCCAAGGCGUCAUUUCCAUCUCGGCCGAUGUCUUGAUGCUUCUCAUUGGGAUCCCUCUCUUGGUUCAAGUACGCGUGCCUCUGAAGCAGAAGCUGAUCCUCAUGCUUUUGUUCGGCAUGGGCAUCUUCGUCAUUGUCGCUGCCCUCCUAAACAAACUCUACUGUUUGGUACCGUCGCUCAUUUCCUACGUCUACAUGAACUGGUAUUUCCGCGAAGCAACUGUUGCCAUCUUGGUGACGAAUCUGCCAUUGGUGUGGUCUCUUCUCCGCGAUGUGUUUCCUGCCCUCAAGAGCUGGACUGGAGGGUCACACCGGGGCACAGACCGCUAUCGAACGGGACCAUACGCGCCAAAAGGGUCUGCGUAUCAGCACUACGGGCCUCACAGUCAGUUGCGGUCUGGCGACUUCAGCCUGCGCACCUAUAACCAAAGCACUGUUGUGGCUCCCAGCAAGGCUGUGUCGGAUGUCAGCACCGAAGCGGUGGACGAUCGCGAGCCUAGUGACGAUGGAUCCGAACGAGCCCUCCGCAUCCGACAGGAUGUCACAGUCACCGUGGAGCGCGAGACACGACCGUCCGAGUAUUGGGAUUCGCGGGGCGCGGACGCAAACCAUCAUCCCGAGCCCUAAGCGGCUCGAUCAUUUACACUCAUUUCCGAUUUCUUACUACUACCUUGGCCUUCUUUCCCUACUCUACCUUACAUUCAUUCCACUAUUUCUAACCCCCUCCUUGACCUCUUUUCCUUCUGUGAUCAAUACUGGUUGAUAGACCUAUGGCAUGAUUUGGCGGUGACUCCUGAUUGGCAAACCAUUUUUGUAUAUAAACCAUCUGCUCGGCACCCCGCCGAGCCGAGUGAUUGUGACGCGCAUCGAUCUGGGCGACAAUGCCUACCACGGAUAGACAAAAUACGAAGGGACUCCAAUGGACAGAGAUAAGCGCAAGCUUCAAUAGUGAUCUGUACAGACCAUGGACGCAAAGAUCACGUGCCAGCUGCGGGCAGCCUACCCUUUUUUUUUAAUUACGGGACAUGACAGGAGGUUACUGUUCGUA